UCCCCCUCUCAGAACACUCAAUGUCGGAACGUUCCGAAGAUGACGUCGGAGCGUUCUCGAAUCCCGUGUCUCUCGGCUGCUGCUGCCGAAGGAAAAGAGGAAAAGCAACAAGAAGGAAGAGCAAUGGCGACACUGGAUCGCAAAGUGCCCAGUCCGGAGGCGUUUCUGGGCAAACCCUGGUCCUCCUGGAUCGACGCCGCCAAAAUACACUGCUCCGACAAUGUAGAUUUAGAAGAGGCUGGAAAAGAGGGUGGAAAAAGCAGGGAGGUUAUGAGGCUUAAUAAAGAAGAUAUGCACUUAUUUGGCCACUGUCCAGCACACGAUGACUUCUAUCUCGUAGUAUGCAAUUUCUGCAAUCAGGUAGUCAAGCCACAGGUUUUCCAGUCUCACUGCGAAAGAAGACACAGUUCGAUGUGUAAACCUUCUCCCUCUCCAGCAUCACCACCCUCCAAUUCCAGGACGUCACUAUUACAAGUGAAAGCAAAAUCCUGUAUCAGCGGCCAUAACCCCGUCAGCAGCAACUCAAAGCCAUUCAAAACGCCCAAAGACAAUCUACUUACCUCCAGUAGCAAACAGCACACAGUCUUUUCUUCAAAAGCAUCAAGGGAUAAACCAUGUGUUCCUGUUCCUAUAGUCAGUUUAGAGAAAAUUCCUAACCUAGUGAAGGCAGACGGUGCCAAUGUCAAAAUGAACUCAACAACCACUACUCCUGUGACCUCUGCCACCUCUUCCUCUGCUGUGCCUACCCCACCUUUAGUUAAACCGGUGUCGAUGUCCAAGCCGGUGUCACCGUCACCAGAGAAGAUUUUGAAUGGCAAAGGAAUCGUAUCUCCCUCAGUAGACAAGAAACACCAAAAUGGCACCAAAAGCAACAAGCCUUACAAGAGACUUUCAGAGAGAGAAUUUGACCCAAAUAAACACUGUGGAGUAUUGGAUCCUGAGACAAAGAAACCUUGCACAAGAUCACUCACCUGCAAGACACAUUCACUUAAUCAUCGGAGGGCAGUCCCAGGCCGGAAAAAGCAAUUCGACAUCCUUCUGGCGGAACACAAAGCUCGGUCCAGGGAAAAAGAAGUCUCUAAAGACAAAGAGCAUCUCCCAUCAUCAACGAGGGAAACACAUCCGAUCCAGCCUAUACCAGCACAAGAUUCUCUUUUGGGAUCUUCAGUGAACUCUGGGCCAGAACUUAAAGUAGCAUCUCCUGCAAAAUCCAGACCACCUAAUUCUGUACUUCCUAGACCAUCAUCUGCAAAUAGCAUAAAUAGCACCACAUCUUCAAAUCACAGUGGAUAUGCAUCAGAACUCCCACUACCCUCGAUUGGAGGAGACCUAGCCAGCCGAUUAUCCAGUGAUGAAGGGGAAAUGGAUGGAACAGAAGAGACAGAGAAGUUAGACUGUCAUUAUUCUUCACAUCAUCCUCGACCUCUUGGGUUUUGUUCAUUUGGGAGUCGCCUCAUGGGACGAGGGUACUACGUGUUUGAUCGGAGAUGGGAUCGCUUUCGAUUUGCACUGAACUCUAUGGUAGAAAAACACUUGAAUUCACAAAUGUGGAAGAAGAUUCCUCCUGCAGCAGAUAGCCCCAUGCCCUCGCCAGCAACACAUAUCACCACCCCUGUUCCAGCAUCUGUUUUACAGCCUUUCAGCAACCCUAGUGCCGUGUAUCUUCCUUCAGCACCCAUCAGCUCAAGAAUCACUUCUUCUUACAUAAUGACAUCAGCCAUGCUCUCAAACGCAGCCUUUGUGACAACGUCGGACACGAGUUCCAUCAUGUCACACACCACAGCUUUCCCCCAUGUGGCUGCGACGCUAAGCAUCCUGGACCCAACUUUUAAGGCUCCAUCUGCUAUGUCCCCAGUGCCAGCUGUCAUCCCUUCCCCAUCCCACAAGCCAUCCAAAACAAAAACCAGCAAAUCCUCAAAGGUCAAAGACCUGUCUGCCCGUAGUGAUGAGUCUUCAAGUAACAAAAAGAGAAAGCCACAGUCUUCUUCCUCUUCCUCCUCAUUAGCCUUGCAGACAUCUCCCUCGUCUUCAUUUUCAGGGCCCCAUAAAAAGAACUGUGUCUUGAACCCAAAUUCAACAAUGAACUCCUAUCAGGCAACAUCUUCCUAUAACAAUCUGUCUGUGCACAAUGCAAACAAUGGAACAAGUCCACUCAGUGCCAAAAUGGAGCCCUCAGGACGGACUUCACUGUCAAGUAACUCCACAGACUCCGUAAAACAUAUGAGCACAGUAGUCAGCAGUAUUGACUCCUGUAACCUGUCAGUGCCCUCCCUGGUGCACCAUGCAGGGGAUCUGUCCCUGGCCGCACACAAUGCAGUGUCUUCUCUACCCCUUUCUUUUGACAAAUCAGAAGGGAAAAAGCGUAAGAACUCUAGUUCUAGUAACAAAGCCUGUAAAAUCACUAAAAUGCCUGGUAUGAAUAGCGUUCACAAAAAGAGCCCGUCCAGCCUUAUCUCGCCAGUGCCAGAUCCCGCUAACAGCUCCGUCGCUCGGCAGGCUCAUUACAUAGCUGGCCUAGAGACACCUCUUCAUUCUCCUUCGCCUCAGGUUGGAAAAAAUAGCAGUAUAGCUUUGCCACAAUCCAGUCCUUCGAGCACCCCCAGCCUGGCCCACAACCGACAGAAGACAGCAAACCGAACGGGCAGAAUAAGGACUCUUCCAUAAGAGGAAAGAAACCAACCUUUGAUGUCCAAUUCCCAGCUACCCUAUCCCACCUCAGGUGUUAGGGAGUUAGGAGGGGUGGGGUAUAAGCAAUGGGAGAGGAGGUGACUUCCUGUGUCCUAGGCGUCUCUGCCCCACCUUUCUAAAAAUCAAUUUAAAGUUUUAAAGAAAAAGGUGAAAAAAGAAAAAAUGAAUUUGAAAUUUACAGAAAACUAUAAUCAUGGUUUUAGUUGUUUCUAUUGAUUUAGUUUCACUCGUUCUCUCUAGCUUCUGGUGUUGCACUGCACCAUCAGUUUGCUAAAAUAAUUCAGAGUAGACAUUCCAGAACCUAGGUUCCUGGUUGGCAUCUUCCUUAACUCUUUAAGCUCUCACACAUACACUACUUUUUUUUUGGUUUUUGUUUUUGUUUCUUUUUUCCUCUUCAUUCCCUCAUGUCUCCCAUUACUCUGUGUCCAACCUUGUCAGUUUGGAGGGAGCUGGGUCUCGACAUGCUCCUGUAAACAUAGCAAAUGAUGGGGGACACUCUGUUUGUGAAGGGUCAGGGCCACAGACCCAGUGCACAGGGAGCAGGUAGGAAUGAGAGGCUGUGUGAAGCUCGUGUUAAUCAGGGUUUAAGCUGCCCGCUAGGGCAUGAGCCAAAUGCUGAGGGCAAAACUAGGUAUUUCAGUAUCAGCCACACCAAUGUUUCAGGAGAGUUGCUACCAACUUGAUGAUUUGCCCAACAUCAUCGUCUAGGUGUGAGGUUAGGAUAGAAUAGAUUCCGAGGGAAGGGCUUCCUUCAGAGUAGAAGGAGUAGGGAGUCAAUUACUGAGGAAGAUGGGGGACAAAUUUUAAGAGGCAACAAAGCAGGAGACCAGUAAGGGGAUGACACCUCACACCCCACAUUCCUACAAGUUGAGGAAUAGGCAUGUGUGGGGAAACACUGCUCAAAGAUACUUGAGCCACAGCUUGCCCCCACCAAGUUGCCUAUAACAAUUCUGAAUUUUUUAGGAGCCCAUCUCUUCCUCUGCCUUCCACUCUGGAAAAGCCCAUACUUAGUGUCCGAUAUGCAAGAACCCAAAGUUGUAGGAACCAAAAGUGAAAGGAACCCAAGGAACCCAGUUGGGGAGAGACACAGAAGCAACUUCAGGAAGGGGCAGGGCUCCUGCAUGCUGCUAACACUUUUGUGAGUUUUCAACUGUAUCCCUCACCUGGAACAGGUGAAAAAAAAAAAAACUAACCACAAGAAAGAAAAAGGAGUCUCCCUAGUGAAGGCACCUGAAAAGGAGGGGUCAGUACCACUUCAAUACUCAAUGGAUGAACGCAAGCAUUUCUCAGCCAACUUGUAUUCUGGUAUACACCUGUGGACCCCGAGGCCACGGGGAACCACAGAGGGCACUGCAGGACCACCAAAUAUGCACAUCCAUCUUAUUUACCACUCCACCAAAGCUUGAUGAUGGCCAGCCUUAACAUGGCCAGGUCAUUUCUGUGCCCCCUGAGGCAAUGGAAUAAUAGCAUCCCACUGUAUAGGAAGAGAGGCAGUGCCUUAGCGUGGAAAAGGAAGAAUGAUGAGAAUGUGUUGGCUGGAAAUAUGGAGGAGAGCCAGCAAAUGUAAGGUCAAGUGGAAUAGGAAAUGUCCCUGGGGACCAAUGGGUAAUCAUACUACCAGGGAGAAAUUCAGUCUUGAAUUAGGAUUUCUUGGGGUUGGUAAUAAAUUUAGCAAAUAAAAUAGAUGUUUACUCAUUUCUUGAACAUUGGACUAGUUUGGGGGAUUAAGGAACAGAAAUGCUCGAAUGUUACCAAAUUAGACAUUAAUAACAUCCGUAGCCAGGCACAAACAUGUCCCCUGGAUUCUUCCUUUACCUUCCCAUACCCCCCACCCAAUGAUACUACUACUGUUGGGCUUCAUCACACAACUGGAAUUUGCAAAGAUGAAAGGCAAACUGACUAGUUUGCAUCAAUGGAAUUGCACUGACAGUGUUUCUAUAGGAUUACUAAAUUUUUUAUAUAUGAAAUAAAGAUUUUUUAAUCAGGAGUUGAUAAUAAGUACCAGGACAUUAGUACAGAGGAUUUCAUUUUUAUUUCUACAGUGUUAAAAGUGCACUUAUAUGCUGGUUUAAUUAUGUCUUGGAGAAAAAGAAGAGACUGCAAAUAGAAGGGAAAUUGUUACUUUUUUCUUUUUUAAAAAAAAGGCUUAAGACAGAUUUUAAGACUUAUAAAUGUUUAAGCAAUUAUAAACAAGGCUAGACCCUUUGGGGGGGAGUUUAGAAGAUAUUCUUAAAGUAAAUUUUUAUAGUGUUAAUUUUGUAAUAAUUUAUGUUUUGCUAUAUUAUAGAGCUAACUGACCAGAAUAGUUUCAAAAACAAUAUGAAACUUAGGAAAGGUUAAGCAAUGUUUAUAUUUUUUAAAAUGUUCUCUGAAUUAUGUUUUUAUUGUACAUUUCUUACAAUUGAAAAGUGUGUAUAUAUCUUUGUUAUUUUUGCACAAUUUUUUUGUUCAGUUUUAGGAGCAGAAGUCUGUUGUUUUUUAUAAUUUAUUUUAAGUUGUAAAACUUGCAAGGGUUUUGUUUUCUUUUGUUUUCUUAAAUCUCAACAACAAAGUAACCCUCUGUGAUUAAUGGACUGUUGCUACUUCUGGAGGGAAAGCAAAGGUUGUGAGAUUGAGUGGCUGCUUCUGAGGAAGAAAGUCUUGAUGGUGUCUAAAGGAGCAAUUAUUACCAGUAGUUUGACCGCAUUUUUAGCUCUUUCCACACAUCUUUUCAUUGGGAAGCUAGAAUGUCAAGACUCUCCAUCAAAUGCUGCUUACAUUCGUCAACUGGCUCUGAACUAAAUGAUGGCAUUUCUGGAAAUCUGAGCAUCCUGAAAACCCGUGGUUUUUCUUCCUUCACAACAAAUCAUUGGUUUACUUCUCUAAUAUAUUAAGAUGCUCAGCCUAAAAAAAAAUAAAAAGAAAUGGAAAGAAAACAUUUUCUUUUGGGUUCUUAAUGGAGUUAAACUGGACCAGUCUAUAAAGCAUUAUUAGUAUAGCAUCCAUUCAGCCAUUAUUUUUCCACCGACACUCAUCGACUUUCUUCAGUCCAUCCUGUCACUGCGCACCCCAGUCACCUCCACCUCCAUUUGCCUGAAGAUCUUGUGACUUGUCUCCAGCAAUAGAGGCUCCGAAGCUUUGGUUGUUCCACAUACGCAAUGCAUAGACCUGUCAGCCAUAAAAAAAAAUUUUAAAAAAAGCGACUUGGAUAACUUGUAUGCCUUCUUUUGUAUCAAUGUACCAAUUGUAAAUAAUGCUGAUCAACCUUUGUAGAGAAUAGUUUAUACAGCAUAUUCUAUUAUUGCUGAUUCUCAGUGAACUAUUGUUUUAAAAAAGGAAAAAAAAGAAAUUUUUCUAUUUACACCUUAUAUUUUGUUAUGCUGUCGACCCAUGGCACUUUAACAAAACUCUGUGGGUUUUGCAUAGCUGGUCAGUCAUGGGGUAUAUUAAAUACUGUUGUUGCACAGAAAAGAAUUUGCACCUGCUCUAUUGUGCUUUCCUACUACAGAUUUUAGAACCUUUUCCAGAAGACUUUUGAAGAAAGCAUGUCCAAUCAUUCUAAAAAAAAUUAUAUAUGCCAUACUUGUAGAGUGGAUUUCUUUUCUACGAUCCAUAUUUUGUAACACUAAGUAUUUCCAUUCUUUGUCCCGCACCUUUAUGUAUUAGCACUAUCAGAUAGAAUUCAUUCCAUGCUUGUGAUAAUUGUAAGCAGAAUAAAUGUCUAAAGUAGGUGUAAAUAGUAAAUUCUAUGGCUUACAGUUUUAAAAAAAAUAAAGGAAAAAUAGAACAAACAUGUAUCUGAUUGAUACUGCCAUGGUUCAUCACCGGGCCUGGAGAUAUUCUCUAGUGAGCGAUUGUAUUUUUUGUUUUUUUGGUUUUGUUUUUUUUUGUAACAUGGCUUUGUAAAUAAAAUAAUUUAUAUGUUUGUAAGAAAAA